UCUUGUUUUUUACUAGCUACAAUUAAUAAAAUAUUACAUUUCACUUACACUUACAUUUAUUCACGUUCUUAGGCCAUCAUCUUGUUAAAACAUUCAUUUUUUGUAUCCUCGUAUUUUGUAAAUAAAUAAAUGUUAUGAAGCGGAAGCCACAAAGUAGCCUUAGGAGUAGUAGUCUUAGGCGAUAGAACCCAUUAUUAUCCGAUUAAGCAAAAUGCCGCGUACAAAGAUUGUAAGGCGCAAGGCCGACCGAUUAAAGGCGGAUAUUGACGAAAAGCUUCGCUUGGCCCAAAUCAAAAUCGAUUCCGUCUUGGAGACCGUGGAUGAGAUGGAAAAACGCGCCAAGCAAGAGGUGGAUCACAAAAUCAAGGUAAUCCUCAGCAGGACUGAUAAGAAAAUAUUGGACAUGAAGCUGACUGAUUUUUUGUCCCAUCCACUUGACCACUUCGAAGACUAUCAAUUUCUGGCUCCCAUGGCCCCCACUAGUCGCAGUCUCUCUAUUGGCCGGCUGCGUCUACGCACUCCUCGCACCCAAUCGCAGCGGGACCAGGCUCAGUCGGUGGACAGAAUGAAGACAAGAAGCCGUACCAUGAAAGACAUCUCCAUGACAUUCCAGCGCUGGCCCCGUCCCGGGGAGCGAGUGCUCUCAACGUCGGGUAGCCCACUAGCGGUGCAGGCUCAUGCGGAACUCCAUGCCGACGUCCACAUCCCCACCAGGAAGGGCGUGAUCACGGUGAAGCCGCACAAGAUAAAGAAUAUAGAACGGGAGGUGCUGAUGGAAAUGGACCAGAACACGCUCAACCAGGUGAAGACCCUGAACGACAACCUGGAAAUGAUCGUGGAUAUGGCCACCAAGAUGGGCAGACUAUAGCUUACCUCCCUAGAAUAAUCAGAACGAAUAAGAUCCUCGGAUUGUCAUAAUUUUACGCUUAUUUCGUUAAUAUUUUAUUUAGUCUUUUUCAUUUUCUCAUUUUCAAUGUAUUUGUUCAGUUGUUAAACAUUAAGUGAACGUGUCUGUUGUUCUUGUUGCUGGUUGUUGCAGAUCGCUUGCGUUUGUUGUAUAAUUAAUUAAUAAAUUUAAUUACCUUUAUGUAUACAUAUACAUACACGUAUGUGUAUGUCGAUUUUUAAGUACAAA